CUCUAUCGCUUGAUCAGUGAAGCGCAUGCCCAGCGCGGGGCGGCCCUCCCCGCAUAGCACUGAGUCAGCCCACAACAGUCCUCCCAUCUGGAAGCAGUACGUACCUGAUACCGCCCUGUUGGUAUCAGGUUCCUUGGGAGGUCCCUUCGUUAUUUUCACCCUCACCCCACUACGAAAUGGCUUGACGUUGGCCGCCCAGGACCGGGUGUCGACGAUGGCAGGUCUCUAUCGGCGCUGCUUCACUCAUGGCUUUCGAAGUGGGUGGGUCGGCGGUCUCUGGCCGAGCAUUCCUGCCAUACCACAAUUCUGCGUGCUAGGGCCUAUGUACCAUCUUUACGCCAGCUUCCUCGGUCAACAGGGCGCUCUGGUCUGCACUGCUGUCACUGAGACUGCUAUCACAUACGGCGCCAAUACGAGGAACGCGGAAGUUGCCUACAACCAGUACGUUCCUCGGAAGGAUCGUCUCACUAACCUCACGCCAGCCUACAAGCCCAUCGGUCCCGGCGCUUUUAUGCACGCGACACGGAACGCUCUGGGAAUGUGCGGUAUGCGUGUUUUUGCAGCGCCAUUGGAUGAACAUAUGUGCAAAGUUGUCCGCAACCCCCAGGCUUCUCGCAUGCUGUCGGAUUUUAUGGCAUCAUGUCUUAGUGGUGCCAUAUCGAUGCCAUUCAAUCAAGUUUAUAAUUUUUUCGUCACAUCAAAGGAGGCUCGACAGGCCACCCGUAUACAGCGAGUCGCCCUCGCGACAACCUACCUCCGACGACAGUACCUCACUACUACACCGGACGGCUCGGUGCGACCCAGUAGGAUCAUGCUCCGAGAUAUGGGCAUGCGAUGUCUGUAUGCUGGUACACUAUUUUGCAUUUACGCUACCAUUGAGAGGAAUCUUGUAGAGAACUGGCCUUACCUCACUGAACGAUUAUCUCCCUCAUGAUGCUGCCAAUAGUCUUAUCGAAGACAACAGCCUUUAAUGAGGCAACCU